GUGUGUGAGUGUGUGUCGGAGAGAGAGUAACGUUCUGACAGACAGUGAGAGCUCAGAGAAAGGAAAAGGUAUAGAGUGAGUUGUGGGGGGCAAAGGAAAACAGAUUAAAUGCUAUAAAAGAAGACUUUUUCCUUCCUUUGUUUUUGGAGCGUCUGCUGCUGCUCUGUCUCCCAGCUCUGAAUUCAGCUGACAGCACCUCAAGUCUUUGUGUUUGCUCCUUUUUUUCCUUCCUUAAGCUGAAGGACUGACACACCAGGACCUACAAAGCGGUGACCAAGCACCUCUACGUGAAAGCUGCACUGACAGAGGCUCUGAAACACGUGCAGACUGUGUGUGGUUCAGCAAAGCCCAUGCAAGGAUUAUACCACUUCACUCUGUAAGUGAGAUGCCACCGAGGUGCAAGAAGCAACAACAAGAAUAGCAGAGAGCUUCUCCAAAUGCUCAAGAUACAGUUCUGAAGAGUUCCCACCUCCAAGUCACAACAGCAGGAUUUAAAGCCCUGGGAAUGAAAAGCUAAGGUCUGUGAGGAGAGUUGCCAGAGUGGAAGGAAAUAUAACAGCAGCCAACGGGCAGUCUAGGAAACACUUUACACCAGAACGCUCCUGGAUCCGUCUGUCGCUCAUGAGCUGUCAGAGGAACCGUCUGACCAAUCAGCAGAAGGCAGGAUUGCAUGCGGGCAGUUGGAGGGAGAGAAAUGUUGGGAAAGGUUGGGCAUGCAGCCCUGACGUUGCUGUCAUUACUGCUGCUGUGGCAAGAAGCGGCAGCCAUCGAAGUUCCUCUAGAUCCAAAGAUCCAGCAAGACUUGAAGCAGCCCCCCACCAUAAUCAAACAGUCAGUGAAGGACUACAUCGUCGACCCCAGAGAUAACACCAUCAUCAUAGAGUGUGAAGCCAAGGGCAACCCAGUGCCAACGUUCUCAUGGAGGAGGAGUGGGAGGUUGUUCAACAUUGGCAAAGACCCCAGAGUGACUAUGAGAAAACGCUCAGGAACCCUGGAGGUAGGAUUCCGUAGCGGAGGACGACCAGAGGACUACGAGGGAGAGUACCAGUGUUUCGCCACAAAUGAGCUCGGUGUGGCCCUGUCCAACAAAAUACUGCUCCGCGUCUCCAAGGCCCCGUUAUGGCCUAAGGAAGUGCUGGCCCCGGUGCCGGUGACUGAAGGCUCCCCUCUGGUCCUACCCUGCAACCCACCACCUGGCCUGCCUCCUCCAUUGAUAUUCUGGAUGGACAGCAACAUGAUCCCCAUCCAUCAGGAUAGGAGGGUUUCCAUGGGUCUGAAUGGAGACCUGUAUUUCUCCAAUGUUUUGGUCCAAGACGCUCAAAAUGACUACAGCUGCAACGCUCGCUUCAACUUCACAUACACCAUCCAGCAGAAGAACCCCUUCAACCUCAAAGUUCAGACCACGGAGCCAUAUAAUGACACAUCUUACAAUGCCUCUGAUCCCUUCGGUGGCCGCAAAGUAGCAGAAACGCCGCCGUCCUUCCUGUCUCCUGAAGGGAGUGGGAGCUCCAAAAUGGUGCUACGAGAUGAGCGAUUGCUGCUGGAGUGUAUCGCUGCUGGGCUUCCGACUCCCUCCAUAAAGUGGUUUAAGAGAGGGGGAGACCUGCCAGCACAAAAGGUGAAGUUUGAGAACUUCAAUAAGACCCUGAAAAUUCUCAGUGUGUCAGAGGAGGAUGCUGGGGAGUAUGUCUGCAUGGCAGACAACCGUCUGGGCAGUAUACGCCAUUCCAUUGAUGUCCAAGUUAAAGCUGCUCCUUACUGGUUAGACAAACCCACAAACCUGGUGCUGGCCCCAGAGGAAAAUGGCCGCCUGGUGUGUCGAGCCAACGGCAACCCUAAGCCCAACAUCCAGUGGCUUAUGAACGGCGAGCCAAUAAACAAGAUCACAGAAACUCCAACAAGCGCAAACAGAGAAGUUCUCGGUGACACCAUUCUGUUCCGCGGGGUGCAGAUUGGAAGCAGUGCGGUUUACCAGUGCAACGCCUCCAACCAGCACGGCUACCUGCUGGCCAACGCCUUCGUCAGUGUUCUCGACAUGGCUCCACGGAUGCUGGGACCCAAAAAUCAGUUAAUCAAAGUCAUCAUGAACAACCGAACCUUCCUCAACUGCCCUUUCUUUGGCUCUCCUUUACCCGAGCUUCGCUGGUUUAAGAAUGGCCAGGGCAGUGGGCUGGAUGGGGGUCAGUACCGGGUCUACGUCAACGGCACCCUGGAGAUAAAACGCGCUCGAAAGGAGGAUGAGGGCAUCUACACCUGUGUGGCUAACAACAUGUUGGGCAAUGCUGAGAACCAGGUCCAGCUGGAGGUCAAAGAGCCUACUCGUAUUAUUCAAGCUCCCACGCACCAGUCAGUUUUGAGGGGCUCUAAAGCUAGCUUCCACUGUAAGGUGGUGUCGGACCCCAGCCUGCCCACCAAGGUGACGUGGACCAAGGACGGAGAGCGCCUGGAUCUGGGAUGGAGGCUGAAGAAGGAUGAAGAGUCCCUGACCAUCCCGUCUGUCAGUGAGAACGAUGAGGGAAUUUACACCUGCACUGUUAAAUCUGAGAUAGACCAGGACUCAGCCUCAGCCCGCCUCACUGUCUUAGAGGACGCCUUCCUCAACCCCUCAGUCUUUAGUGCCUUGCCUCCAGACCGUCCAGACCCACCAAUAGAUCUGGAUCUGUCAGACCCAUCAGCCCGUAGUGUUCGCCUCACUUGGAUUCCUGGGAACGACCGCAGGAGCCCUGUCACAGAGUUCUUGGUCCAGUUCGAGGAGAACCGCUGGGAGCCGGGCAGAUGGCAGGACCUGUCCUCUUUCCCCGGAGACCUCAACUCUGUCAUCCUGCAGCUUGCCCCUAAUGUCAAUUAUCAGUUCAGGGUCAUUGCCAGGAACUCAGUGGGUCGGAGUCAACCUAGUCAGCCCUCACCUCGGUACAAAACCACCGCGGCACCCCCAGAUGCCAUUCCCAGAGAUUUACGUGGUUGGGGAUCCGAUAAGGACAACAUGGAGAUCACCUGGGAGCCGCUGCGCGAUCUGGAGAAAAACGGCCCAAACCUGCAGUACAACGUGUGGUGGAGACGGAAAGACUCCGGGGACGACUGGACCAACGUGACCACGUCUGAGACCAAAUACGUUGUUCGUUACACUGAAACAUAUGUGCCUUACGAGAUAAAAAUCCAGGCCAGGAAUGAGUUGGGAUCAGGACCCGAGUCUAACAUUGUCAUCGGAUAUUCUGGAGAGGACAAGCCCGCUGAUUCACCCUCGGAGCUGCGGGUGUUGAAGGUUGGCAGCACCAGAGCAAACAUCCACUGGAAGCCUGUAGAUCUGAGUUCUGUCCAGGGGGAGUUCAAAGAGUACAGAUUGUACUACUGGCGCGAGUCCAGUCUGGUUCCAGGGCUGGUGGUGAGCAAGGAGAAGAAGACCACUGGGUUCUACACGACUGUGCCAGAGCCGUCUGGGAUUCUCAAAGACUUGGUGCCCUACUCUAAAUAUAAGAUGUUCAUGGUUGUGGCCAACAGUCGCUUUGAGAGUCUACCCAGCAACAGUGUGGAAUUCACCACUGCGGAGGGCGUUCCGGAUGCUCCCAGGUUCUUCAGGAUUAACCGCAGAAGUCUGGACACACUCUACUUGGAAUGGGACAAACCAUUAGAACCCAACGGCAUUCUAAUUGGAUACCAACUCGUAUACCAGAGAGUGAACGGGUCCAGACUGGGUCCCCAGCAGAUCGAGACGUUCCGUCCCAACGUGACACACUUCAUCCUGCGCCUGCCGGACCGGUCCGCUCGCUACAAGUUCAACCUGUCAGCGCUCACCCAGGUGGGAACGGGAGAGGUCUAUGCCGAGGAGUCGCCGCACUUUACCAAUGAAGAAAACUUUACUGAUGCUACAGAUGUAGUUGAGCUUACGGACGCCACCCUGUCUUCUGUUUUCUCUCCUACUCCCACUCCUCUUCCUCCCCUUCCUCCUACUACCAUUCCUCCCACAACAAUUAGUAUCACAACUCCUACCCCUCCUCCAACAACCCCUCCUACUACUACUACCACUGAGGCAACUACACCCUCCACAGUUCCUGUGCUGGUCACCACCAAACGAGUUGAUCAGAAUGUCUUGGUAAUCCCUCGGCGGGAGAUCUGGAAUCUGACGGUGGUCCCCAACAGUUACUACGCUAACGUCAACUGGAGUCACAACUUCCCAGCUGACAGCAAGUUUGUUCUAGAGGUCACUCUGGACAGCAACAAGACAGUGACAGUUGAAGAGGUGAAACAGCCGCCCGUUAAUCUGAAGGCUCUGAUCGCUGGUGAGAAGUACCAUCUGAGGGUUUACUCCCAAGAGCUCAACAGUGUCAGCAGCAAAUCUGUCACCUUUAAAACUAAAGCAGCUCACAUAGACCAGGUAGACAUAGCCACUCAGGGCUGGUUCAUUGGCUUGAUGUGUGCCAUUGCCCUCAUUAUACUGAUCCUCCUCAUUGUCUGCUUCAUCAAGAGGAGUCGUGGAGGCAAAUACCCAAGUCCCGGCUUCUUGACUGGUUUCACAAAAUACCUCGUUCGUGACAAAAAGGAUCUUCCCCUGGAUCCAGUGGAUCAGAAAGAUCAGGAUGGAUCCUUUGAUUACCAGAACGAAAAUGAAAACAGCAGCGACGAGGACAACAAGCCUCUGCAGGGCAGCCAGACUUCGCUGGACGGCAACGUGAAGGAGAGCGACGACAGCCUCGUGGACUACGGCGAAGGCGGCGAUGGCCAGUUCAACGAGGACGGCUCCUUCAUCGGCCAGUACACGGUGAAGAAGGACAAGGACGAGACGGAGGGAAACGAGAGCUCCGAGGCCACCUCUCCUGUCAACGCCAUCUACUCGCUGGCGUAGUGGAGCGGAGCCGCUGCAGGACUCCCCAACGCCUUUCCACACCUCACUGUACACAAGACACACACUUGAUUAUACGAGUAUCUAAACACGGUACACGCAGAAACGCAGGAGGCUCUGUCUGGAGACUAAACAGGCUGUCCUCCGUAGAAAUAAAGACGAACACGGGGGUGGGAGGGUGGGUAAGCUUAGAUCACAAGCCUUUAAUUUUCCGUUUCUUGGCUCUGAUUACAUGAUCUGUCGGAGGCGAAUGUUGGACGGAGAGGAGAAGUCGUCUCCGGAGCGCCUGCUCGUCUGCUCUUCACCCAUGCAAAACUUUGAAGUGUGCCUUCAGUGGCGGCUUUGGAUGCAUCAGCAAGCAGUCUUGGUUUCUUUUGUUGGGUUUUCUGUCGCCCCCUCCCACCCUGUCAUUUUGCCGCUGCUCUGCCUGAGAUGCUCCUCUGAAUCUGAAUCCCCGAGUCCACUCCAACCCCAUCCUGUGACAUAUCAGCCUCUCACCGUUAAUCUGAACAAGAUGCUGGCAGAUAUGUUUAUCAUAUUGAUACUUACUGCGCAGUGAACGAUUUUCUUUUCUUCUUUGUUUUUGUUUUCCACAGCUGGUAGAUGAUGUAUUGAAUCCUAAUAAAUGCUGUACACAGUCCUGGCACACAUUUUAGUGCCCCUUGAAACUAUGCACAACCUCCAUAACAUUUUGAGUUUAAUCUGGUAUAUGAAAACAUAACAUUAGGUUUCUGUUAGCCAUCUUAAAUCUGAAACCACGUGUUUUUAUUGACAUGUUCGUCUCCAAUGUUCAAUCCAACCUUUUAAUGUCUUGUUAUAAAAAAGAGAGAGAGAGAGAAUCCAGCACCUGCACAGGCUUCAGCCCCUCUUGCAUUCUACUGUAAAAAAAGUCCAUCUUUUGAAUAAUAAUGAGAAAAAAACUAAUAUUUUGGAGCAUGAUAGUAAGACAUGUGCACUAAACAGAAAUGGUAGUUUUAGCAAGAAACACCAAAAUAUCAAACCCAGUUAACUCCCUCAUAAGCAGGCAAGCCACCACCGCUCUGUUUCUUUGUUGCCAUGGCGCCUCACUUUUUUUUAUUUUUUAUUUUGAGUUCAAAUGUGUUGCACACUAUUAAUAAAACAUCAAAAUCUGUAGCAACAACAUUUGGGUUCAUGACAGAAAAGGGAAUAAAAAUCUGCAUCACACACACACACACACACUCACACAUUGGACAUUUUAGACGGUGAAAGCAGACUUUAAAUUCUCCCUGUGGACAAAAAACCAAGGUGUGUCCAGAUUUAAAGUGGGUUUAUGCAUCCUUUGGUUUUGCCUUACAGCCAACAGUCAGAUGUUUGUCUCCACUAUAAACCAAGCAAACGUCAAUGAGUGAGAUAUUGUCACAUCACCACGACAUUUAAAAGCAGAUAAAAAUAGUGCAUUUCUUUGCCUUCACAUGACCUGUAAAAUUGUUCAUGUUAUGUCUUAACCCACUGGAUGAACAAAUCCACACCUUUGUGUUUUUCUGCCAUUUGCGCCUCUGUGCAGAGCCUUUAUGAUAAGUCAUUUGUUCUCAUGCUACUAUUAAAGUAGAGGUUUUACAGUACGAUCAUAAUUAACUGAAUCGCUUUAAAAUGACAUAUGCUAAUAUGAUGUUUUUGAAGAGGAAGGCUCAGUAUUUUACAUUUGUCCAAGCUGAUUGGUCGAUUCAGUGUACAGUAAGAAAA